UCUGCCAAAGAAAUCGCAGAGAAAAGGAUGAGGGAAUCACUGUUGCUACUGCUUUUAAAGAUUUUGGUUCUCAAGGCAGACUUUUAUCUUUUGGAGAUACUGAAUGGUAAUGCAAAUUUGCUGUCCCUUGCAAACGAUCGAAUUGAAUCUGUUCGUGAGGGCCUGAAGUUGCUUAUGACAUUUGUCGCAAAUGUACCAGAGGAGAGUUCAGACCAUUUGGAAUUCAUCUUAACAAACAUUGAAGCUGUGGCUAAAAGGAUAAUAUAUCUCUAUCACUCAGUUCUAACCAACAAAAUCACUGAAGAGUUGAUCGAAAGAAUGUACCUUACACUUUCGGAGUUGUUAGAUCAGAUUAAAGUUAACAAGGCAAAGCUGAGAGAGCUUUAUCCCCAAGUUCGAGGAUCAUGUUUCCCCAAGACCAAUGGAUUGGGGUGUGUUGAUUUUCUGUUGAGAAACCUUAAGGAGCUGCAAACCCAUAAAUCUAAGUCAAUUGCAACUGUGAAGAAUCAAAUUGAAAGAAUCCAGGGGGAUAUGGAGUUCUUUAGAUCUUUCCUCAAUGAUAGAGUAAAGGAAAGAACUCAACAUCAAGAACUGAAAGGUCUUGGUGAACGCAUUACAGAGGUGGCAUACAAGGUGGAAUACGUCAUUGACUCAAUCGAGGUUGGCAUUGGUGAUCACUUACAACAUCUGUUAUGGCUUGACUCUCUCUUAGAAGAUAUUAGCCAUAUUAAGAUGGAGGCAGUCAAAAGCUACCAGAAGAAGACUUGUGAUGGCAUACCCCAUAAUGUCACCAGAAGUUCAGCCCAUAUGAUAUCACAAGUUAGUGCCCCAGAACCUGAUGAAGUGGUGGUAAGUCUCAGUGAUCAGGAAGAAGUGAUAAUUGAUCGGCUUAUAAAAGGAUCCUUGCAACAAGAUAUGGUUUCUCUUGUGGGUAUGCCAGGAAUAGGUAAGACAACUUUGGCCAAGAAGUUGUACAAUGAUUCUAGAGUUACUUAUCACUUCCACAUUCGUGCAUGGUGCUGUAUCUCGCAAGUAUAUAGUAAAAGGCAGGUGUUGCUUGACAUAUUAAGCAACAUUAGUGGGCUUACUGACUACAUUCAUAAAAUGACUGAUGAAGAUUUAGAUCUGGAGUUGUAUCAGCAAUUAAAAGGAAGAAGGUAUCUCAUAGUUAUGGAUGACAUGUGGAGCACAGAGGCGUGGGAUGACUUGGAAAGAUCAUUCCCUGAUGAUAAAAAUGGUAGCACACUUCUAAUAACAAGUCGUAUCCAGAAUGUGGCCUUGAAUGCUAAACCUAAUAGUGAUCCUUAUCUUCUUCGUCUCCUCACUGAUGAUGAAAGUUGGAGCUUACUACAACUGAAGAGUUUUCAUGGAAAGGGUUGCCCAACAGAAUUGCUUGGAGUUGGAAAGGAAAUUGCUCAACAAUGUAAAGGACUACCUCUUUCUGUGGUUGCAGUAUCUGGUCUCCUUGAAAGGACGGAAAAGAAACCAGACUUGUGGAAACAAAUUGUUGACAGUUUGAGCAGAAGUUUAAUAGAUGAUCCACAAACCCAGUGCAAGGAAAUCCUAGAGCUGAGUUAUGAGCACUUGCCAUACAAUUUGAAAGCAUGCUUCCUUUAUUUCGGAGCAUUCCUGGAGGACAAAGAUAUCUCUGUGCGCAAGUUGAUAUGGUUGUGGAUUGCUGAAGGUUUUAUUAAGAAAAGUGAAGAGAAAAGCUUAGAGGAUAUUGGAGAGGAUUACCUGAUGGACUUAAUCAGUCGAAGCCUUGUAUUGGUUUCUAAAAGAAGAUCCAUGGGUAGGGUCAAAACAUGUCGAGUUCAUGACAUGCUACAUGAUUUGUGCCUGUCAAGAUCUAAGGAAGAAAUGUUUUUGCAGCCAAUUACCAAGUGUGAUGAACCAUUUGCUUCUUUUGAUGGUUUAGAUGAUGAUGUUGAUUUUGAUCAUUAUUACCCUUCAAAACCAUUAAUAUAUGAAAGACAUCGGCUUUGCAUUUGUUUGGAGCGGAGGCAUUUCAUCAAAUCAAAACCUUCUGGUCCAAGAACAAGGUCUCUGCUAUUUUCUGCAGUUGCUGAUAGGUAUCCCAGAUGCCCAUAUGAUAUCACAUUCAUUUUUCAAAAUUUUAAACUUCUCAGGGUGUUGGAUUUGGAAUCCAUCAAUAUGGGUAUGUUCUUUCCCAUUGGAUUUGAUUUAUUAGUUCAACUAAGGUACUUAGCAGUCAGUGGGGAUCUGGAUUCUAUUCCACCAUCAAUAGCCAGCCUCUGGAAACUAGAGACGUUUGUUGUGAAGGGAUUAAAAGGUAUGGUUGUGUUACCGGUUAUUAUUUGGAGCAUGAGAAUGUUAAGACAUGUUCAUGUAAAUAGUUGUGCUAUGUUCGAUUUGCAAGAAGACCAGCUUGAAGGUUCCUUGGUAUUGGAUAACUUAGUAACUCUUUCCACACCAGCUCUUUCUGGAGGGAAGGAGACAUUGAAGAUACUGAGGAGAUUUCCCAAUCUUCACAGGUUAAGAUGCAUCAUUUUUGAAUCUCCGAGUUCUCCUAUGGGAUGUAAUCAAUUUCCACAAUUUGACAUUCUAAAUCAGCUUGAAUCACUCAACAUCUCUGGUAGGGCCCUUAAUCAGGGAGAAUUGAGCUUCCCCCUGAAUUUAAAAAAAUUGACUUUGUCUAGGCUUCGCCUGCCAUGGAAACACAUGUCUGCUAUUGGGAGACUACAAAACCUUGAGGUUCUCAAAUUACUUUCUAAUGCCUUUGAGGGCCGGAUAUGGGACAUGAGGGAAGGGGAGUUCCUAAAGUUGAAAUUCCUGAAGUUAGAUUCUCUGAAUGUUGUUGAGUGGAAUGCCACUUGCGAUCACCUUCCCAACCUUCAGCAAUUAGUUUUGCGACACUGCAAAGAACUUGAGGCAGUUCCAUUCUCUUUUGGGGAAAUUCCUACCUUGCUGAUGAUUCAAGUGCAACGUUGUGGCCUUUCCACAGAAGAGUCAGUCAGGGACAUUGAGGAGCAAGGGAUUGAAGGCCUCAAGAUCUUCAUCAGUCAUUAAGAUUUGUAUUUCAGAUGGAAAUAGAAGACUUUUUCUUUGAGGAGUUGAACAUAAUGGAAGAGUUUGAGAUAGCUUAAAACGUCAAAAAGGAAGGAAUUUGACAGCUUCUUAGCGGGAAAUUCUGCUGAAAGAAGUUGCAGCUUUAGAUAAGUUGUCUAGGCUUAUUGUGGAGGUUCAAUACCAAGCAGACCUAUCAAACACAAUUUUGUGUGGAAUAAGAUGCUUUAUGUGACAUCCAUAAAUUUGAUGAUUUUGAAUGCAAAGCCUAACAUAAGGGACAACUUGAUCCAAGUGCUUCAGAAUCUGCAGCAAUCUUUGACCUUAAUUAAGUGAAGGCACCAAGAGAGACUUCAGCAUUAAGGGGAAAGUAGCUUAUGGCCUAAUGGGGAAGGAAAAUCUUUAAGGUUAUAGCAGAUGGAGUUGACAAGACUGGAAGCUUGACAAGCCAAGGUUGUACUUAAUUGCUAAGUGUUGACAGUAGCUUCGGAGGUGCAAAAACUGUACGUGUGUUUAUGGAUCAAUCCA